AUGCCAGCCACGGAGAUGCAGCUGAUGGAGAUGGACAUGGUUCAGGGCAUGUACGACUCGUACGAGCUGUGCAGCACGGAACCGCCAACGUACUCUGUCUUACUCGCUGCCACCGCGGACGACGCACCGGAGCUGCGCGUGACGAUUGUGUACGACACGGAGGACUACCCAGAGACCGCGCCCCCCACCGUGCGGCUCGAGCACAUCGCCAAGAACCGCCGCAUGCAAACGACAGCCCUCACAAAGGAGGUUGAGGAGCUCUGUGCGGAGCACAUCGGCAUGCAUAGCGUCAUCUCCGUCCUGCAGAGGGUGCAGGAGCACCUCACUGACUACGUCGCAACGGAGGAAAAGGCGGAGCUGCAGCGUCGUGGCGACGCGUUGUCGAGCGCUGCUGCCGCUGCGGCCGCUCCUGACCCCACGCUGCGUAUCGGCACCGCCGUUACGCGUGAGCUGUUCGAGGGCUGGAGCAAGAAGCACAUGGCGGAAAAGCUGCGGUUGCGGGAGACGUUCGAAAAGAAAGCUACCGGGAAGCUGACGGGCCGUCAGAUGUGGGACGACACGAUUAAGAACGCCGACUGGGAGCUCUUUGACGGCUCCGACGGCGAGCAGGAUGCGGACUUCUACGCAACGGCGCACGCCGGCGAUGAUGAUGAGGAGGAGGAGGUAGAGUACGACUUAGACGACCCUGAGGAGGCGUAG